CUUUCUGCCUCCAUCCUCUUGAGUCACUUUGUUCAUUUGAUUUAACUCCUCGGCUGUGGAUUCUAACAAAUAAAGAUGACACUUCAACUUAUUGACCUGUGGUCCAUUGGGUGAGCCAUUCUCGUAUUUUGCAGCUUUGUCUUCUCAGGAGACAGUAAGGUGACAGCAAAGGUUAACCUCACACGUCUGUGUGGAGGGGUAUGCCAGUGAUUGGGUCAGACAGCAGCUAUCCCUGAAUGGAGAGCGCUAAUGCAGUUAGCAAAAUGGGCAUUCCAGGCAGCAAAUUCAUGUGUUUACCCGCUCUUUUGUCCAUUUGCAAAAGCAUCAUUCGUUAUUGCUUUCCAGCCACUGUUUCAAGGUAAUCUGUGGCUGCCUCCUGAGCUAGCUGCUAGCCAUUAGCUUAACUUUAGCCACUGGGAAAGUUUGGCUGUGCUUCUUGUUCACUGUUUGCAGGUCGAUUGCAUAAUCGGUCGAUUCCCGACACCACAGUGAUUACAGAGAGAGAAGCAGUUGCAGAUGAGCUGGUUUGAACUGAAUGAGGAAAAGUUCCAUCACUGUUGUCAGCUCAUCCUGCAGCAGUCAGAGCAGCUGAGCGAUGGAUGGAUCUGGGAGGUGGUACAGGGUUCAAAGGAGGGAUACCUGAGGAAAACGGCUCUUAGGUCAGUCACCAUUGACUCAAAAUCAGUACAAAAACAGAAAGGAUCCAGUUUAGACCCAGAGCCACACACUUCCUAUCAUUCCAGCGUUGAACAACAAGGACAGGAAGACGAACAGCCUGAUUGCAUCAAAGAUGACAUAGAUGAUGAGGAUGCUGGGAUCUGCAUGAUGACUGCAAACAGCAGCCAGGUGCUUCAGUUCGAGUAUCACAUCUUGUACUCCUGCAGCUACAGUUCUCCUGUGCUGUAUUUUAGAGCCUUCACUCUCGAAGGAAGAAGCUUAACACUAGAGGAGGUGUGGAACUCUGUUCAUCCAAAUUUCAGGCUUUGUCUUCAGAACAGUCCUCUGGAUACAAUCACUCAACAGGAGCAUCCCCUGCUUGGUCAGCCUUUCUUUGUGCUCCACCCCUGCAGGACGAAGGACUUUAUGAGGCCUGUGCUUCAGGCAGCUCAGGACCAGCACAGGCCAGUGAACUACGUGUUGUCGUGGCUCAGUGUGGUCGGUCCUGUGGUGGGCCUCGACGUCCCUCUGAAGUACUCCACUCAGCUCCAUCCUGCUGCCUCACUCAGCAGCACCGAGCCGGACUGAGGCUGAAGCUGCUUUGGUUCACUUCAUGUCACCAGCUGUGUGGCGUCUGUCUGCAAAGAGAUUGGAUAAUUAGGCAUUGUGAACAACUGGUCCAACAGCACAGACUUUCAAGACCCUGGAAGUUUGUCUGUGGGGCAGUUAGUGCUAUUUUUGUUGCAAAUUUCUUUGGCGGUAUGCUAGAAACUGAAAACAGUAAUGACAGCAUUGAACCAUUUUGUCUUUUUUAUUUGAUUUUGACAUGUUUUCUGCAACAAUAAAAAAAAAAGUUUUAAUACUUUAGAUGUUUGGGCUGAUAUUGUGUUUUUAUGGUCAUCUACUCCAGGCACAACAUGCUCACUAGCUGAAACUGCAGUCUUCUUUGUAAAUGUGUUCACACAUUCUCACAAAACAGUCUACUUCAGUUGUGUUACAGGCAUUUAAUCUACUCUAGCAUAUAAAUAACCACAGUUGUGUCCCACAAUCAGUUGGUAAUGAGCGUAAUAUUUACCUAACAAUGACAUCCUGCUGUAAUCUUUUUUAAGAAAGUUUGUGCUGUCCACUCUCAUAUUCUGCAUUACAUUCAGCCUCAAACAUGUACAGAAG